CUAUGUUUAUCUUCCUUUCGUGUGCUAUAGGGGUAGAAAUUGAAGUGAUAUUUAAUAGGAUACAGUUGCUGAAUAUGGCAUCUAAAAAAUGAUAUGAAUAUAUGCUGAACUGUAGUUAAACUACUUGGAAAAAUGCAGCAGAAAUAGAAAUUAUUACAGAGCUUUAUGCUGUGGAGCAUCUGGUUGAUUCUUCUGGUUCCUUUUUUUCGUUUUCAUUUCAUAAAGCCACUUCGUAACACAACACAGUAACACUAUACCAAGAAUUGCAAUGACGAUAAAGAGAGUUAUCUUCGUCUGCAUCUGAAAUGCUCAACAAAUAUGGCCAUGCUUGUUGAUGCACAUAUGCGUUUCAGAAGCCUGUAAUAGAAAGAGAAACUGCUAACAAUCUUUAUGCAAGAGACUUUCUGAUUGAUUUUUGUAGUGUCACAAAGAUUUCAUACGCUGAUUCUGUUGUCCCUCUUUUAUAAUGCCCGUUAUCAUGGUUCUACAAAGGCUCAAACGCAUAUCGGGACACGCUACAGAAUUACAAUGAGGAAGCAGAGAGUUCCGUCAUUAGUUGACUUAUGUGUUCAGGUGGCCAUAGAUAAUGUUAGGUAUCUGGGAGAUGUUGGGGAAACAGACUUUCAUCUUUUAGAGCGCAUUUUACCCCACUGUACUCUUGAUCAGUUGGUGCACAUCAAGAAUUGUGCAGAAGGUACAGAUCUUAGCUCAGUAAUAGAUAAAUUAUGGAAGAAAUUUUACGAACGCCAAUUUGGAGCUCAAAACACCAAUGUUGUGAUUGAAAGGAUGAGAAAGAAAAAAGUAACCUUUAAAUGGAAACAAUUAUUCAAGGCAAAGUCAAAAGACAUGGAAGAGGCACAACAAAAAUCAAUUGAUCGAUUAAGGCUGCUAUUUCAAAAAGAAGAUGCUAGAAAGGAAACAAAGCUAACAAGUUCAGGUGUGCACGAAGAUUCCACCUUCAAGCAGGAAAAGAACCUUCUAUGGAGGUGUAAAUGCUAGUAACAUUUGCAACACAAAAAGUAGGCUGAUGAAGAAGGCAAAGCUAGAAUUCCUCAACAGGUACCUCAAAUCUAUAACGUGGUGUAUGUACUUAUUUCUUGAACCAUGGAUUUCA